AUGGCGCUGCCCUCUUCCUUCUUGGUGGCCCUGGUGGCGCUGGGCUGCAACUCCGUCUGCUCUCUGGGCUGUGACCUGCCUCAGACCCACGGCCUGCUGAACAGGAGGGCCUUGACGCUCCUGGGACAAAUGAGGAGACUCCCUGCCAGCUCCUGCCAGAAGGACAGAAAUGACUUCGCCUUCCCCCAGGACGUGUUUGGUGGAGACCAGUCCCACAAGGCCCAAGCCCUCUCUGUGGUGCAUGCGACGAACCAGAAGAUCUUCCACUUCUUCUGCACAGAGGCAUCCUUGUCUGCUGCUUGGAACACCACCCUCCUGGAGGAAUUCUGCACGGGACUUGAUCGGCAGCUGACCCGCCUGGAAGCCUGUGUCGUGCAGGAGGUGGGGGAGGGAGAGGCUCCCCUCACGAACGAGGACUCCAUCCUGAGGAACUACUUCCAAAGACUCUCCCUCUACCUGCAAGAGAAGAAAUACAGCCCUUGUGCCUGGGAGAUCGUCAGAGCAGAAAUCAUGAGAUCCUUGUAUUAUUCAUCAAUAGCCUUGCAGAAAAGAUUAAGGAGCGAGAAAUGA